CACGCCGCACUGGUGGGCCCGGCGGCCAUUUUGUUUUGGACGCCAAGCGGGAGUUGGCGGCGCCGGCUGUGGUGGCCCAGGCGAAAGGCAGGCAAGGGCAGGCUUGACGAGCGGGAGGAUCGGUCAGCCAGAUACUCUUCCCACAACGAGGGAGCCUCGCAUCCUACCGUUUAAGCAUCUAAGCCAACCGCCCAGCUAGCUAACCCGAGCGGCCCGCCGUCAGCUCAGGUUCGGCCGGCCUCCGGGCCGCCCGCCGCAGCCGUGGUGGCAACCCCGGGAGGAGCGCUGGCGUCCAUCUCCUUCGAUUCUCGGGAUUUGAAGAUGGCUGCACAGUCAGCGCCGAAAGUUGUGCUAAAAAGCACCACCAAGAUGUCUCUAAAUGAGCGGUGAGGCAGCCAACAGCAACUUCAGCUCCUUCCUAAGAAAACAUUACUUAAAUUGGCCCUGGGGUCCAAUACAAAAAAAGCCAGUUGUAAGCUAAAUGACAGAAGGCUACAGACCUCUGUUCUUAAUUGCAUCUAAUGUGGUACAAAACAAAUUGGGCAGUUGUUUCAAAACCCCUUAUCAGUAGAUUUUUAUAUUAAGCUAUCCGAAAUAUUUACCUGGUGGGAUAUAUUUUUUAAAAGACUCCUCACACCCUCCCUUCAAUUUUUUUUCUAACAUUGAUACAGGGGUGGUGCAGCAUGAUGGUAUGGUAUAUCCUGGCUGCAAGAGGCUUGCUGCCUAGUCCAAGGCCAGCAGUGAUGUUGUGUCUGGCCUGUAAGAGGCAGGUAGCAAGCCGAGACUAUGUCCAAAGGCCCCUGAUGUCAUUCUUGGGCCUUGUAAGAGGCACUUGCUUUGCUCCAUUUCACUUUCUUCCCAUUCUGCUUUUUAGUUUGCUUUGUUUUGAAAUCUUUCAUCGGCUGUGUGUUUACUUCCAUUAAACUUAACCAUAACAGGAAUGGUAGAAUGUCCUCUUAGCCUCGUAAGCAACUUACCUAAUUUAACUUUCUCAGAAGUCCUGAGUCAGAAAGAGUGGUUAUUUGUAUUUAAAGGCAGUUUUGUUUCUGAGAAUUUCAUUUAUUUGGUGUCUUUCACCAUUUUAUUAUGUUGUUGCUAGAACUCCCAAGGCAUUUAAUGCCUGUGUUUGCUUCAAAAGCACAUGUGCUUCUCUGUUCAUCUUGUAAGAUGUGAUACAUUAAUUUCCUGUAUUCAUGUGUUACUGAGUAGCGUGUUAGAAUGUAAUAAACUCCCAUAACUCUGUUGUUUCAGUGGACUGUGAAGGCGCUCUGGUCCUUCCUCCUGUUUGUCCUUUGAAUGAACUUUCACUCUCCAGAGGUGUAGGCAUUUCUGUUUGUCUUUGUAACUGCAUCUCUGUUUCUUGUCAUCAUAUUUGCUUACUGCGUGUAUUUCAUACUUUCCACUUCUCUUAAGAGCUGUUACCUGAGCCCUUGUUAUCGCUUCUAAUUGUGCUGCACUUGGCUGCGUUUCUGAGUUUCUGGUUCUUGCAAGUUUGCGGAAACAGAGGAGUCUUUAACCCACAUCAGCCUUGAUCCAAAUGUGCCACUUUAAAGUUCGUGGGAUCUGGAGCUCCUGGUCUAGCAAGCCAUGAGAAUGCCAAUAAGUGUUUUAUAAUAAAGCUUUAUUUAAACACCCGUUUUGUUCGACCUUGAAGCUUUACUAAUAUGCUGAAGAACAAACAGCCGAUGCCAGUGAAUAUUCGGGCUUCGAUGCAGCAGCAGCAGCAGCUAGCCAGUGCCAGAAACAGAAGACUGGCCCAGCAGAUGGAGAAUAGACCCUCUGUCCAGGCAGCAUUAAAACUGAAGCAGAGCUUAAAGCAGCGCCUGGGUAAGAGUAACAUCCAGGCACGGCUAGGCCGACCCAUAGGUGCCCUGGCCAGGGGAGCAAUUGGAGGAAGAGGCCUACCCAUAAUCCAGAGAGGCUUGCCCCGAGGAGGACUACGUGGGGGACGUGCUACCAGAACCCUGCUUAGGGGUGGGAUGUCACUCCGAGGUCGGGGUAUGAUAGGUCGGGGAAGAGGGGGCUUUGGAGGCAGAGGCCGAGGUCGUGGCCGAGGGAGAGGUGCCCUCACUCGCCCUGUAUUGACCAAGGAGCAGCUGGACAACCAAUUGGAUGCAUACAUGUCGAAAACUAAAGGACACCUGGAUGCUGAAUUGGAUGCCUACAUGGCACAGACAGAUCCUGAAACCAAUGAUUGAAGCCUGCCUGCCUGCCCGCCCGCCUGUUAGACUCUUGUUAAAGUCACCACAUCUAUAAAACAACCUUGAGAAAACAUGAGAAGAAACCUGAUGGAUGCUGGAAGGACCUGUCACAAUAGGCGAUGGACUUACCUGACGCCAGUUGGUGCAGUUAGUCUGUUCCGUCUACUUUUUGAUACUGUGUUAUAUGAAACCCUAUUUUCCUUU